AUGAUAGAUAAUUCAAGUCUCAUUGAGGAUGAUUAUGAAACUAAACACGCCAUAAGAAGACAGCCAUUUCAAUGGAAACCAAAUCUGCCUGACGUAGUCUCAAACAACAGCACUAAAAUUGUACCCUGUAGGAAUUCCGUCCAAGGAAAGUUGAUAAUUGUUGAUGAAAGAGGGUAUAUCUGCAACAGAACCGAAUUGGACAAUAGAGGAUGUUGUGAUGUAACUCUUCAGCAUAUAUCAAAGCAUCGCUGUGAUAAGUGUAGUAGUAAUGGCUGCUGUGAACAGUUUGAAUUCUGUGUUUCUUGUUGUUUAAAUCCUGAAAAGAAAUCUCUGUUAACAAGGGUGUUAGAAGAAGCAAGACAGUUAGGAGAUAGAUCUUUAGCAUCCGUUGGGGAUCAAUUCGAGUUGUGUUUAGCUAAAUGUAGAACAUCGUCUCAGAGUGUUCAGCAUGAAAAUUCUUACAGAAAUCCAAAAGCCAAGUACUGUUAUGGAGGAAAUCCACCGGAACUAUUGUCUCUAACUUCAUAA